CUGAACAUUAUACAUGUUAUUCGUAUACAGAAUUAAUUAAUUUUAUACAAUUGUAUAAAAGUCGUUUAAAUGCUUCAACUAAGAGUUGAGAAGAGCUAAGAGUCCUAAGUGGCAUCCAGAGAAGCUACAGUCGAGCUUAGACAUGUCCACAACGUCUAAUGGGAGUGGCGGGGCAGCAGGCGGCACCAGCAGCGGCGGCGUCGUCUCGCCUGGUGAUUGGAUUUGCCCGGAUUAUGACUGUCGGCAUCUGAAUUUUGCACGCCGCACGCAAUGCAAUAAAUGCAAUCACGACCGUGAUAGCAUUGAUAAGCCAGAGCGCGACCGUGACCGGGGCAAUGGCAGUAGCAGCAGCAGCAGUAGCUCCAGCAAGAAGAAGCUGGGCACCGAGAUCGGGAAAGCGGCAGCGGACAAGUCCCGGGGGCUCUUCAGCGCCGAGGACUGGCAAUGCGCCAAGUGUGCGAACGUGAACUGGGCCAGGCGGCAGACCUGCAACAUGUGUAAUUCGCCCAAGUUUACGGAUUCAGAGGAGCGAACUGGCUUUGGCGGUGGCUACAAUGAUCGUGGAGUUGUCGAGUACAAGGAUCGGCAGGAGUCGGACAGCGAGUAUGAUGAGUUUGGGCGCCGUAAGAAGCGGAAGAGCCAUGAAGACCGUGAUGGGCCAAAGCGAGCAAGGAGGGCCAGCGACGCUGGGGAGGAUGAGGAAGAGGACGACGAUGAUGAUGAUGGUGAUCUGUCCAAGUAUGAUCUAUGGGGUGACAAUGAAGUAACCUCAUCCGAAGUCAACAGCAAGCAGCCAACGGACAAUGGCAGCAGGGACAUCAAGGGGAGCAAAAGGGCCUCUCGCGAUUCCACAUCGUCCGUAUCAUCCUCGUCCUCGUCGAGCUCGUCUAGCUCUAGCGACUCGUCAUCAUCGUCGUCAUCCUCGAGCAGCUCGAACAGCAGUGGGUCGACCAGCAGGCGUGGCAAGAAGCGCACUGCAUCGCCCAGCAGACAUUAGCUAAAUUUGAUUGCGUUUUUCGCUUCUCUUCACUUAUCGCGGAGGGGAUAUUUAUUUGUUUAUUUAUUUCAUUUACAAACUCUGCGCUGCCCCCGAACAUGACAUGCAAAAUAAGGUCAACAAAUUAUUCUAAAACAUAUAAUAAAACCCAUAAUUUAAGAGCAUCAGCAUUCACAUUUAUUGUAAGACACAAUAAUAUAAAGGAAUUGGGCCUAAUUGAA